AUGGCUGAUAUUAUUGAUUAUGAUACAAAGCAAAAUACAAUUUCCACAAUAACUUCCGCUUCCACACCUCUUAAGCUCUUUGGUUUCAACAUAUCAGAAGAUCACUACAACUCAAAUAUAACCAAAUCUUCAUCUGCGUCACAAGAAUCCGACCAACGUAAAUAUGAGUGUCUGUACUGCUGCCGUGAGUUUAGCAAUUCUCAGGCCUUGGGAGGCCACCAGAAUGCUCACAAGAAAGAAAGGCAAAUCCUAAAGCGUGCACAAAUGCAUGCUAGCAGCCGAAACUUGGUUACUUCACACAUCCAAAACCCGAUCAUAUCGGCAUUCAUUUCACAGUCACAGCUCUUCGCUUCUAUGAUGGUUCCGGCAGCGGCCCCCCCACAAUCCCCUUCAUGUCUUUACAUGGCACAUGCACCUGUAAACAUAUCGGACCGCGACGCAUAUCUCUCCGGGACUGGCCCCUCUCCAUUAGGGAGGCAUGUCUACCGCAAGGCCGGAAUAGGGGAAUGUUUGAUGAUGAGGGCUCCGUCUCAAGAAGGGGUUGGAAAUCAUGCUAGUUUUUUGCAGGGUUUAAGCGGUUGUGCGGAAGAUGACGGUCGGAUUAAGCUUGAUAAAGGUUUGGGAUUGAAUUUGCAUCUCAGCCUUGGGCCUGCUUCGCAAUGA